AUGAAAGUACUCUGUCUGCACGGAGCCUUUGGCAGUGCUUCUAACUUCAAAGUCCAGCUUGGCAUAUUUACCGAUGCCACAACGCGAACUGGCGUCGAGUUCAAAUGGAUCAACGGGUUUACAAAAGCGACGCCACCGCCUGGCUUUGACGACUACUUUGGCGCUCCGCCGCUGUACCGAUUCAUGGACAUUGACGGCAUGAGCGAGCUGGAGCAGCUGAUUGUUAAGAUUAGAGACAUGCCUCAAGGAAGCUCGCCCGAAGACACGAUGCGGAAGCUUGUGGCAAAUAAAGAGCAGUUUGCUGCCCCAGCUGUGAUUGACAGCAUGAAUCGGCUGUUGCAGCUUCUGGAUGACGAUCCGGAAAUUGAUAGCAUCCUUGGUUACUCUGAAGGAGCAACGACGGCAGCGACGUUGAUUCUCGAAGAGCAGCGCCUCUUCAGAGAGCAAGGCCGUCCUCGACGCAUCAAGAGCGCCAUCUUCUUUGCCGGCUGGCCCCCUGUCCAGAUCGUCGACGGGCGUGUCCAGACGCUCCUCGCAGAUGAGCACGAUGUGAUGAUUGAUAUCCCGACAUGCCACGUAGUCGGCUGCAGCGAUCCGUAUAUCCACGGUGCAGUGGCGCUUUAUGGGAUAUGUGACGAGGACACGGCCAUUUUGUUUGAUCAUGGAAAGGGCCACACGGUUCCUAGAGACGAAGUGACCGUGAAGGAGCUUUCGGAGGCGAUUGAGAGGACUUUUGCGCAGGCGGCAUGA